AGAAGUGAGCGAAGGAGAGCUUUUCUGGCGUCGGGCCGCGGUUCUUGUUCUCCGGCCACGACUCUUGCGCGUUUGCCCCUUCUCAGAAUGGAAGAACACGAAAUUUGGCCCCUUGAAUUUCCUCCACGAGGGGUCCCAGCCAGUUGUCUGUACAGGGGCUGCAUUUUGCAGGGCGGGAGGCGCCACACGUCCUUCCUCUGAUUUUAGUCCUUCCAGGUGCUAGAUCUGCUCAGCCUGCUAUUUUGUAGAAAGCUGACAGGCCAAAGAGAUCUAGAGAAGGUGCUCACACCAUCCUGCUGCGUUACCUUCAGGAGCAGAACCGGCCUCACAGUGCUCAGGAUGCCUUUGGCAACUUACAAAAAGAGCAUGGCCUGGGCAAGACGGUGAGAGAAGACCUCAGAGGUGAAGGUGUGAGAGCCAUAUCAUCUCAUGGCCGUAGUGAAAGCUCUCGAACAGUUGGCUCAACAAGGGAAGAUCAAGGAGAAAGUGUAUGGGAAACAAAAAAUUUAUUUUCCAGACCAGUAAUAUAUCUUUGGUCAUCCAGGAUGGGUUUGGUAUUGUGAGUGACUUGGAACUUAAAGGCUUGGAUAAUGAGAUUUCAGAAUUGUCCUGCAAAGUGCAGACUCUGCAGCAGAAUUGUCAUCAUAUGGAAUCAGAACUGAAAGAACUGAAAAAUUCUAUGACAACACCAGAAAUGGUUAAGGAGAUUGAAGAGCUUCAAAAAGAUUGCGCCAAUUAUAAAGAGAAACUGGAGCGAAUUAAAUCUGCUGCCAAUCAUGUGUCUCCUGAAGAGAAAGAAAAGGUGUACAGUGAAAGAAAGCUGUAUUGUAGGGAGUGGCAGCGUCGGAAGAGAAUGGCAACAGAGCUAUUUGAUGCAAUCCUGGAAGGCUACCCCAAAAGCAAGAAGCAGUUUUAUGAGGAAGUUGGCAUUGAGACAGAUGAAGAUUUAAAUGUUACUUUACCCAACGUUUGAACUGAGGACUCAAAUCCAUUUUACUUUGCUCUCAGGUUUCAAUCCUACUACAAGUACAUUGCCAUGGACUUUGGAAAAAAAGUAUUUGCAUUCAACAGGUAUAAGCAGACUUUGCCCACUGCACUAUUUUUUCCCCAGUACUUCUCUGCAACCCUGUCCAUUUGAAACAAAUCAGAAUGAUUGCUAUUUUGUUUAAAAGCUGUUAGCCUCACUACACAGGAUUACCAAUAAGCACUUGAGAAAAUGGAAGGAGGCACAAAAAAUAAACACUUGAAUUAC